GUAACUUUUGCAGAAGAGAAGGUGAAACGCCUUACCUCUCGGAUCAUAUUGGUCAUAUGGCUGUUUUUCCUUUUGGUACUUAAGUCAAGCUACACUGCAAGUUUGACAUCCAUGCUAACUGUGCAACAGCUCCAACCAACUGUAACAAAUGUUGAUGAACUUCUAAAAGUUGGACAACCCGUUGGGUAUGGAAGUGGCUCCUACAUCAAGAGUCUUUUGGAAGAACUCGGUUUUGACGCAUCAAAGAUCAAGCCCUAUGACACCCCUGAAGAUUAUCACAAUGCACUUUCCAAGGGAAGCAAGAAUGGUGGUGUUGCUGCCCUUGUAGAUGAAAUCCCAUACAUCAAACUAUUUCUUGCAGAGCAUUGCAAGGGAUACACCAUGGUUGGGCCAAUAUAUAAGACUGCGGGUUUUGGAUAUGCAUUGCGGAAGGGAUCGCCCUUAGUUGGUGACAUCUCACAGGCAAUCCUCAACAUAACAGGUGGAGACACUAUCAUUCAAAUUGAGAAGAAAUGGAUAGGAGAUCAAAACAACUGCCAAAAUGUGGGCACCAUCUCUGAAACAGGUAGCCUCACCUUUGAGAGCUUUGCAGGACCCAUCGUCGCCACUGGAGUUGCCUCAACCACUUCUCUUGUGAUCGCCUUGAUAACCUAUUUCUGCAAAAUCAAACAAGUAGGACCUGAAAGUGGUGACUCGGAACAAAUCUUGCCACCUGAAACUGAUGGAGAUGAAGAAAGACAGUGCCAACAAAUAGCAAGAGCCAGAGGGAUACAUGGACAAAUAAAAAACGUUAUGCGUGAUGGUUCGCUUGUCAUGUGCAGAGGUGAAAGGAUUCAUAACUUGUGGGUAUCAAGUUCAGCUCGAUUUUAGCUCUGACCAAGUGGAUUAUUUUCUCUCUUUUUUCCAUCUAGAUUUCAGCAUAUUAUUCUUAGCCUGGAAAUAUUAGUUAAAACUGGCUGCCCAAAGCCCCAAACAGGCUCAUAUUGUAUUUACAUAGUUGAAUCGAAAACGUAAGAACGAAUGGCCCCACUUGGCAAUGUGCUCAAUGAAAUUGGCAUGCCGAUUUGUUAUAAAAACAGAUUUUUGGAUAUUAAAUUUCCUCAAUUAUGACUUUGUUUAAGGCUCUAGAGAGAAGCUAUUUCUCCCACAUGAGGCGGUCUGCUCUCCGAAGCUACUUUUGCUCAGAAUCAA